AUGCUGCAAAAAUACACUACGGGGCAUCGCUUGCUAUCCGCGGGGGCCUCUCAUCCCCUUAUCACUUGCCGCUCAUCCCCAUCUCCCCCCCCCCCCACCAUCCUUGAAGGCCGUGGCGGGCUCGCCCAGCAGCAGCAGGCUGGUGGUCAGGAUGGUGGUCAGGCUGGUGGUCAGGAUGGUGGUCAGGAUGGUGGUCAGGAUGGUGGUCAGGCUGGUGGUCAGGAUGGUGGUCAGGCUGGUGGUCAGGCUGGUGGUCAGGCUGGUGGUCAGGAUGGUGGUCAGGAUGGUGGUCAGGAUGGUGGUCAGGAUGGUGGUCAGGCUGGUGGUCAGGAUGGUGGUCAGGAUGGUGGUCAGGCUGGUGGUCAGGAUGGUGGUCAGGAUGGUGGUCAGGAUGGUGGUCAGGAUGGUGGUCAGGCUGGUGGUCAGGAUGGUGGUCAGGCUGGUGGUCAGGCUGGUGGUCAGGCUGGUGGUCAGGAUGGUGGUCAGGAUGGUGGUCAGGAUGGUGGUCAGGAUGGUGGUCAGGCUGGUGGUCAGGAUGGUGGUCAGGAUGGUGGUCAGGCUGGUGGUCAGGAUGGUGGUCAGGCUGGUGGUCAGGCUGGUGGUCAGGCUGGUGGUCAGGCUGGUGGUCAGGCUGGUGGUCAGGAUGGUGGUCAGGCUGGUGGUCAGGCUGGUGGUCAGGAUGGUGGUCAGGCUGGUGGUCAGGAUGGUGGUCAGGCUGGUGGUCAGGCUGGUGGUCAGGCUGGUGGUCAGGAUGGUGGUCAGGCUGGUGGUCAGGAUGGUGGUCAGGCUGGUGGUCAGGCUGGUGGUCAGGAUGGUGGUCAGGAUGGUGGUCAGGAUGGUGGUCAGGCUGGUGGUCAGGAUGGUGGUCAGGCUGGUGGUCAGGCUGGUGGUCAGGCUGGUGGUCAGGCUGGUGGUCAGGAUGGUGGUCAGGAUGGUGGUCAGGCUGGUGGUCAGGAUGGUGGUCAGGAUGGUGGUCAGGAUGGUGGUCAGGAUGGUAGUCAGGAUGGUGGUGAGGCUGGUGGUCAGGAUGGUGGUCAGGAUGGUGGUCAGGAUGGUGGUCAGGCUGGUGGUCAGGAUGGUGGUCAGGCUGGUGGUCAGGCUGGUGGUCAGGAUGGUGGUCAGGAUGGUGGUCAGGAUGGUGGUCAGGAUGGUGGUCAGGCUGGUGGUCAGGCUGGUGGUCAGGCUGGUGGUCAGGAUGGUGGUCAGGCUGGUGGUCAGGAUGGUGGUCAGGCUGGUGGUCAGGAUGGUGGUCAGGCUGGUGGUCAGGAUGGUGGUCAGGAUGGUGGUCAGGAUGGUGGUCAGGCUGGUGGUCAGGAUGGUGGUCAGGCUGGUGGUCAGGCUGGUGGUCAGGCUGGUGGUCAGGCUGGUGGUCAGGAUGGUGGUCAGGCUGGUGGUCAGGAUGGUGGUCAGGAUGGUGGUCAGGAUGGUGGUCAGGCUGGUGGUCAGGAUGGUGGUCAGGCUGGUGGUCAGGCUGGUGGUCAGGAUGGUGGUCAGGAUGGUGGUCAGGCUGGUGGUCAGGAUGGUGGUCAGGCUGGUGGUCAGGCUGGUGGUCAGGCUGGUGGUCUGGCUGGUGGUCAGGAUGGUGGUCAGGCUGGUGGUCAGGAUGGUGGUCAGGCUGGUGGUCAGGAUGGUGGUCAGGAUGGUGGUCAGGCUGGUGGUCAGGAUGGUGGUCAGGAUGGUGGUCAGGAUGGUGGUGAGGCUGGUGGUCAGGAUGGUGGUCAGGAUGGUGGUCAGGAUGGUGGUCAGGCUGGUGGUCAGGAUGGUGGUCAGGAUGGUGGUCAGGCUGGUGGUCAGGAUGGUGGUCAGGCUGGUGGUCAGGAUGGUGGUCAAGAUGGUGGUCAGGAUGGUGGUCAGGAUGGUGGUCAGGAUGGUGGUCAGGAUGGUGGUCAGGAUGGUGGUCAGGCUGGUGGUCAGGAUGGUGGUCAGGCUGGUGGUCAGGAUGGUGGUCAGGAUGGUGGUCAGGAUGGUGGUCAGGAUGGUGGUCAGGCUGGUGGUCAGGAUGGUGGUCAGGAUGGUGGUCAGGAUGGUGGUCAGGCUGGUGGUCAGGAUGGUGGUCAGGAUGGUGGUCAGGCUGGUGCUCAGGCUGGUGGUCAGGCUGGUGGUCAGGAUGGUGGUCAGGCUGGUGGUCAGGCUGGUGGUCAGGAUGGUGGUCAGGCUGGUGGUCAGGCUGGUGGUCAGGCUGGUGGUCAGGAUGGUGGUCAGGAUGGUGGUCAGGCUGGUGGUCAGGCUGGUGGUCAGGCUGGUGGUCAGGCUGGUGGUCAGGAUGGUGGUCAGGAUGGUGGUCAGGAUGGUGGUCAGGCUGGUGGUCAGGAUGGUGGUCAGGCUGGUGGUCAGGCUGGUGGUCAGGCUGGUGGUCAGGCUGGUGGUCAGGCUGGUGGUCAGGAUGGUGGUCAGGAUGGUGGUCAGGCUGGUGGUCAGGCUGGUGGUCAGGAUGGUGGUCAGGCUGGUGGUCAGGAUGGUGGUCAGGCUGGUGGUCAGGCUGGUGGUCAGGAUGGUGGUCAGGCUGGUGGUCAGGAUGGUGGUCAGGCUGGUGGUCAGGCUGGUGGUCAGGCUGGUGGUCAGGCUGGUGGUCAGGAUGGUGGUCAGGAUGGUGGUCAGGAUGGUGGUCAGGCUGGUGGUCAGGCUGGUGGUCAGGAUGGUGGUCAGGAUGGUGGUCAGGAUGGUGGUCAGGAUGGUGGUCAGGAUGGUGGUCAGGAUGGUGGUCAGGAUGGUGGUCAGGAUGGUGGUCAGGAUGGUGGUCAGGCUGGUGGUCAGGCUGGUGGUCAGGUUGGUGGUCAGGCUGGUGGUCAGGAUGGUGGUCAGGCUGGUGGUCAGGAUGGUGGUCAGGAUGGUGGUCAAGAUGGUGGUCAGGAUGGUGGUCAGGAUGGUGGUGAGGCUGGUGGUCAGGAUGGUGGUCAGGCUGGUGGUCAGGAUGGUGGUCAGGCUGGUGGUCAGGCUGGUGGUCAGGCUGGUGGUCAGGAUGGUGGUCAGGAUGGUGGUCAGGAUGGUGGUCAGGCUGGUGGUCAGGCUGGUGGUCAGGCUGGUGGUCAGGCUGGUGGUCAGGAUGGUGGUCAGGAUGGUGGUCAGGCUGGUGGUCAGGAUGGUGGUCAGGAUGGUGGUCAGGAUGGUGGUCAAGAUGGUGGUCAGGAUGGUGGUCAGGAUGGUGGUGAGGCUGGUGGUCAGGAUGGUGGUCAGGAUGGUGGUCAGGAUGGUGGUCAGGCUGGUGGUCAGGAUGGUGGUCAGGCUGGUGGUCAGGAUGGUGGUCAGGCUGGUGGUCAGGCUGGUGGUCAGGAUGGUGGUCAGGAUGGUGGUCAGGCUGGUGGUCAGGAUGGUGGUCAGGAUGGUGGUCAGGCUGGUGGUCAGGCUGGUGGUCAGGAUGGUGGUCAGGCUGGUGGUCAGGAUGGUGGUCAGGAUGGUGGUCAGGCUGGUGGUCAGGCUGGUGGUCAGGAUGGUGGUCAGGAUGGUGGUCAGGAUGGUGGUCAGGAUGGUGGUCAGGAUGGUGGUCAGGAUGGUGGUCAGGAUGGUGGUCAGGAUGGUGGUCAGGAUGGUGGUCAGGAUGGUGGUCAGGCUGGUGGUCAGGCUGGUGGUCAGGAUGGUGGUCAGGCUGGUGGUCAGGCUGGUGGUCAGGCUGGUGGUCAGGAUGGUGGUCAGGAUGGUGGUCAGGAUGGUGGUCAGGAUGGUGGUCAGGCUGGUGGUCAGGAUGGUGGUCAGGCUGGUGGUCAGGAUGGUGGUCAGGAUGGUGGUCAGGAUGGUGGUCAGGAUGGUGGUCAGGCUGGUGGUCAGGAUGGUGGUCAGGAUGGUGGUCAGGAUGGUGGUCAGGCUGGUGGUCAGGAUGGUGGUCAGGAUGGUGGUCAGGCUGGUGGUCAGGAUGGUGGUCAGGCUGGUGGUCAGGAUGGUGGUCAGGCUGGUGGUCAGGAUGGUGGUCAGGAUGGUGGUCAGGAUGGUGGUCAGGCUGGUGGUCAGGAUGGUGGUCAGGCUGGUGGUCAGGAUGGUGGUCAGGAUGGUGGUCAGGAUGGUGGUCAGGAUGGUGGUCAGGAUGGUGGUCAGGAUGGUGGUCAGGAUGGUGGUCAGGAUGGUGGUCAGGAUGGUGGUCAGGAUGGUGGUCAGGAUGGUGGUCAGGAUGGUGGUCAGGAUGGUGGUCAGGAUGGUGGUCAGGAUGGUGGUCAGGAUGGUGGUCAGGAUGGUGGUCAGGAUGGUGGUCAGGAUGGUGGUCAGGAUGGUGGUCAGGAUGGUGGUCAGGAUGGUGGUCAGGAUGGUGGUCAGGAUGGUGGUCAGGAUGGUGGUCAGGAUGGUGGUCAGGAUGGUGGUCAGGAUGGUGGUCAGGAUGGUGGUCAGGAUGGUGGUCAGGCUGGUGGUCAGGAUGGUGGUCAGGAUGGUGGUCAGGAUGGUGGUCAGGAUGGUGGUCAGGAUGGUGGUCAGGAUGGUGGUCAGGAUGGUGGUCAGGAUGGUGGUCAGGAUGGUGGUCAGGAUGGUGGUCAGGAUGGUGGUCAGGAUGGUGGUCAGGAUGGUGGUCAGGAUGGUGGUCAGGCUGGUGGUCAGGAUGGUGGUCAGGAUGGUGGUCAGGAUGGUGGUCAGGCUGGUGGUCAGGAUGGUGGUCAGGAUGGUGGUCAGGCUGGUGGUCAGGCUGGUGGUCAGGAUGGUGGUCAGGAUGGUGGUCAGGCUGGUGGUCAGGAUGGUGGUCAGGCUGGUGGUCAGGCUGGUGGUCAGGCUGGUGGUCAGGCUGGUGGUCAGGAUGGUGGUCAGGAUGGUGGUCAGGCUGGUGGUCAGGCUGGUGGUCAGGCUGGUGGUCAGGAUGGUGGUCAGGAUGGUGGUCAGGAUGGUGGUCAGGAUGGUGGUCAGGCUGGUGGUCAGGAUGGUGGUCAGGCUGGUGGUCAGGCUGGUGGUCAGGCUGGUGGUCAGGCUGGUGGUCAGGCUGGUGGUCAGGAUGGUGGUCAGGAUGGUGGUCAGGCUGGUGGUCAGGCUGGUGGUCAGGAUGGUGGUCAGGCUGGUGGUCAGGAUGGUGGUCAGGAUGGUGGUCAGGAUGGUGAUCAGGAUGGUGGUCAGGCUGGUGGUCAGGAUGGUGGUCAGGCUGGUGGUCAGGCUGGUGGUCAGGCUGGUGGUCAGGCUGGUGAGACCCGCCCCUCUGUGCCCCGCCGUGACAUAGGAGAAGCCGGUGUGCGAGGGGGGGAUGUAGGGGUGUCUGUGUGUGGGGGGGAGGGGGGGGUGCUGGGGCGGAUGAGAAGAAAAGGGCAGUGCAUGGAGGAGGAGAGUGGCUGGAGGGAAUGCGGCAGUGCAGGAGGGGAGACAGGCGGGCAGCAUCUGGAGGGCAGUGGAGCACGAUGGAAGGCAGGGAAGACAGUGUGGGAGGGAAGAGGAGGGAAGUGGGGUGGGGGAGUGGAGGUGUGCCAUGCGGCAAGCAUGGCUGCCUCACCUGCCAUGCCCUUCCAAUGCAUUGCACGGAGGGAAGAGGAGGGAAGAGGGGUCUGGUUGGGGAGUGGAGGUGUGUGCGGUGGGAGGGAAAGAGCAGGUGUGUGCGGUGGGGCGGUGGGAGGGGAAGAGCAGGUGUGUGCGGAGGGGGAGAGUUUCUCUAUGACGCUAGUUUCCAGUCUCUACGAGGCUCAGUUGAGGAGAGUGGCAGUGCUGGCGACGGCGAAGCGCACCUCAAAAGGCGGCGUCGGUGGUGGGAGGCGCUGCUUUCUGCAGCCAUGGACGAUGCGCGGGCAGCAUGCUCGCGUGCUGCCUCGCUCGGAGGUGUGCGCUGAGGUGCGCGCGGCGCUGGCCACUGCCGUGAUGGAGGAGGUGCCGUCGCCAGGUGAGAUGCACCAAAGGGGGCGGGGAGGGGAGGUCGUGCUGGGGAGGGGGGAAGGUGGGGAGGGGCGGGCGCAGUGGGGAGUGCGGCAGGUGGGGAGAGGAGGGCGCAGUGGGGAGGGGAGCACUUUGGAGGUGCCUCAGAAGGCGCAAGGGACGGGGUGCAAGGGGAAGAGCGGGUGGGCGUUGCUGUGCCAGUCGUCUCCCGCACUGUCGUCAGCAGCAUCGACUUGA